AACCUAACGCUAGGUCGCUAACUUCAUAGUAGUCGCUUCAGAUAUACCUACGCACCCCCGGCGCCCCUUAUCCAUACCCCUCUUAAACCCUAGCUUCUCUUCCGUUUUUAAGGAGUAAAUGGCAUCGGCUUUCACUACCAUGUCUUCUGUUGGCUCCUUGGCUGCUCCUGGUGGUCGUGGGAUGGAAAAGAAACUUGCAACUUCAUCAGACAGAUUAUCAUCUUUUGCUUCCAUAUCUUCAAGCUCAUUUGGUAGGAGACAAAAUGUUGUUCUACGAAGGACACGAUCUCCCAGGAUCAAUGCUAUGGCAAAGGAUUUGUAUUUCAACAAAGAUGGCUCUGCUAUCAAGAAGCUGCAGACUGGAGUAAAUAAACUUGCUGAUCUAGUGGGAGUUACACUUGGUCCAAAAGGCAGGAAUGUUGUCCUAGAGAGCAAGUAUGGCUCCCCAAAAAUUGUUAAUGAUGGUGUAACUGUGGCCAAAGAGGUUGAGUUGGAGGAUCCUGUUGAGAAUAUUGGUGCUAAAUUAGUGAGACAAGCAGCUGCCAAGACCAACGACUUGGCUGGGGAUGGGACAACAACAUCUGUUGUUCUUGCACAAGGGCUUAUUGCUGAAGGUGUCAAGGUGGUAGCAGCUGGUGCAAACCCUGUUCUAAUCACUCGAGGCAUUGAGAAGACCACAAAAUCUCUAGUGGCUGAGCUUAAGCUGAUGUCAAAAGAGGUUGAAGACAGUGAGCUAGCAGAUGUUGCAGCUGUUAGUGCAGGAAACAACCAUGAAGUGGGAAAUAUGAUUGCCGAAGCAAUGAGUAAAGUGGGUCGAAAGGGUGUGGUGACCCUUGAAGAGGGAAAAAGUGCAGAGAACAGCUUGUAUGUUGUUGAAGGAAUGCAAUUUGACCGUGGUUAUAUCUCACCUUACUUUGUCACCGAUAGUGAGAAAAUGGCAGUUGAAUUUGAGAACUGCAAGUUGCUUCUUGUAGACAAGAAGAUAACAAAUGCAAGAGAUCUCAUUAAUGUUCUGGAAGACGCUAUUAGGGGUGGAUACCCAAUCUUGAUAAUUGCAGAAGAUAUUGAGCAGGAAGCUUUGGCAACACUGGUUGUGAAUAAGCUUAGAGGGUCAUUGAAGAUUGCUGCACUUAAAGCCCCUGGAUUUGGAGAGCGCAAGAGCCAGUACCUGGAUGACAUUGCAAUUCUGACUGGAGGAACUGUAAUUAGAGAUGAGGUGGGGCUCACCCUAGACAAAGCUGAGAAGGAGGUUUUAGGCCAUGCUGCAAAGGUGGUGCUUACCAAGGAUACAACCACCAUUGUUGGAGAUGGGAGCACCCAGGAAGCAGUAAAUAAGCGAGUUGCACAAAUUAGAAACCUCAUUGAGGCAGCAGAGCAAGAAUAUGAGAAGGAAAAACUUAAUGAAAGAAUUGCAAAAUUGUCAGGUGGUGUUGCUGUGAUUCAGGUUGGAGCACAAACUGAGACAGAGCUUAAAGAAAAGAAACUGAGAGUAGAAGACGCUCUCAAUGCAACAAAGGCAGCUGUUGAGGAAGGGAUUGUUGUAGGUGGUGGGUGCACUCUCCUGAGACUUGCCUCAAAGGUGGAUGCCAUCAAGGACACGCUUGAUAAUGAUGAGGAAAAGGUUGGAGCUGAUAUUGUCAAGAGAGCUUUGAGUUACCCUCUGAAGUUAAUUGCCAAAAAUGCUGGUGUUAAUGGAAGUGUGGUCAGUGAGAAGGUGCUCUCCAGUGACAAUCCAAAAUAUGGGUUCAAUGCUGCAACAGGAAAAUAUGAAGAUCUAAUGGCUGCUGGAAUAAUUGACCCUACUAAGGUGGUGAGGUGUUGCCUGGAGCAUGCAUCAUCAGUGGCCAAAACUUUCUUGAUGUCAGAUUGUGUAGUGGUGGAAAUCAAAGAGCCUGAACCAGUGGUUGCAGGAAAUCCCAUGGACAAUUCAGGUUAUGGAUACUAGGUUGACAACCCAGCAGAAUGAUGAUAGGCACUUGGUUUUAAUUUUUCACCUCUUUAUUUUUGGGGUAGAAUUGAAUGGUUUUAUGGUGGUAGAAAAUAUAACUCCAGGUGAGAUUGGGUCGCCGGAGUUCGGCUUGUAUCGACUUGCAAUUCAGUGUAUAAGGUUAUAAAAACCAUUUUUGCAUA